AGAACUGUUCACUUUCACCAACAGUGUCUCCUUGGCGCCCACUUGCAUGAUUCAAACAUCUCAACGGCGUCGCAUUUGAGACUCCGAAGAGCAGAAGGAAAGAGGGCGGGAGCUAGGGUUUUUCAGAUCGUCGUCGAUCUUUCCCAUCUCCGAUAAUGGCUUCAGGUUCGCCUCGAGCCCGCAUCGAUCAGUUUUUUGCCUCGAAGAAGAGGAAAACCCAAUCACCCGGUUUGAAGACAGGGAGAUUUGAAAAGAAUGCAAAAACUACGGUCGAAGGCUCUCCUAGUGCCAAAGGCACUCUAGACAAUUACCUAAGAACUUCACAAGAGAAUGAAAUCGUGCAACCUUCAUGCACGAUUCUUGGACAGGAUCCUGUUAAAAGAAGCUUGGCAUCGGAGAUUGAUAAAUCUUCCGAAAACGAGAAUGAACAGUCCUUUUUGUUGGCUGAAGUGAAGUCUCGAAGUUGUGAAGCAUUUCAAGUGACUCAUAACGGAAUAUAUCUGGGUUCAUCUGAGGAAGGAAAUUUUGACUUUGGAGAUCCUGCUGAGGUGGCUGCUCAAGGCAGGGAAAAUUCAGAACUAAAACAAUUUGCUACUGAUUUUUUGUCUUUGUAUUGUAGUGAAGUUCAACCACAUGUAGGUUCACCAUCACAGCUGAAAGCGAAUGACCAGAAGAGACAUGGUAGUCUAUCUAUGCUGAGUGAGGAGGAUAAAAGAUUCAAGAAAAGAUAUCUGAUAUCCCAUCAGUUACAAACAGAAGUUGAAACUGCUUGUUCUACUAAGAAGAAUCUCAAAAAUGAAACUGGAGAGUUCAUUUUGAACCUUUCAAGAGAGGUAAACACGGGUAGUAAUCUCAUUGAGCUUCAAGCAAGCUUAAGAAAAUGCACUACAACAACCAAACCGGUCCUAAAUACAAUGGAAUGCAGUACACCUGGUUCUUCAAUUGUUAAAGCAUGUGCUUAUCAAACACCGCAGUCAAUGCGAGGGAGCUCCAUGUUUUCGCCUGGGGAAGCUUUCUGGAACGAAGCAAUUGAAAUAGCUGAUGGUUUGUUUUCUCGAAGUGAUGCAUUAUCUGCUCAAGUUGCUGGAGAAACUAAUAAUCCAAAGAGCCAAUAUGAGAUUAAUAAUACAUACAAUUUAGGAAAUAAAAUUGUUGAUUACAAGUCAAAGGAAAUGCCAGAUGAAUGUGAGAGCAGAGUGAAACUUAAGGGAGUUGGUACUUCUUUGGAGUCAGCAGUGAAGCAGAAGAAAGAAAUGGAUAAAGAAGUGUCCCUGCUGCCUGUUAAGCAUCUUGACUUUUCAUUUGACGACAAAAUUUUGGAUGGAAGUAUCCCUCACAUUAUACAGAGGGACAGUAAAGUGACUGAAUGUGGUAUUGUCAAUCAUAAAGGUCCAUCAAUCGUUAAUACACUGACAGAUCAUGAUGAACUUCAGACAAUUGAAGAGGUGCAAGGAGAACAACAGGAAAGGGCUUCUGUUCAUGUGGUACCCAAAAAGGAAGACAAUUUGUCAAGUCAAGAUAAUAAUAGCAUAACUUCCACUUCAGCAGCUAAUAAAGCCAAUAAGUCAAUUGGUGAAUGCAAUGAAACCACUACUCCAUUAAGUUUUGUGGCGCUUAAAGACCGGUUAAGUCUCAGUAGUUGGCUUCCUUUAGAAAUAUGCAGAACAUAUAAAAAGAAAGGAAUUUCAGAACUAUAUCCAUGGCAGGUUGACUGCCUUCAGGUAGACGGUGUACUGCAGAGAAAGAAUCUUGUAUAUUGUGCUUCUACAAGUGCUGGUAAAAGCUUUGUGGCAGAAAUUUUGAUGUUGCGGAGGGUGAUAUUAACUGGAAAAGUAGCGUUACUUGUUCUUCCUUAUGUUUCAAUCUGUGCAGAAAAGGCAGAACAUCUGGAGGUCCUUCUUGAACCACUUGGCAAACAAGUUCGUAGUUAUUAUGGAAAUCAGGGUGGUGGAACACUUCCUAAAGAUACUUCUGUAGCUGUUUGUACAAUAGAGAAGGCAAACUCUUUAAUUAACAGAUUGCUCGAAGAGGGUCGUCUAUCAGAAGUUGGAAUCAUUGUGAUAGAUGAACUACACAUGGUUGGUGAUCAGAGUAGGGGUUAUCUUCUGGAACUUCUGUUGACAAAGCUUCGUUAUGCAGCUGGGGAAGGCAUGUCAGAAUCAAGUAGCGGAGAAAGUUCAGGUUCCAGUAGUGGUAAGGCUGAUCCAGCUCAUGGUUUACAAAUUGUAGGGAUGAGCGCAACAAUGCCAAAUGUGGAAGCUGUUGCCGACUGGCUUCAAGCAGCAUUGUACCAGACAGAUUUUCGACCAGUUCCAUUGGAGGAAUUUAUAAAAGUUGGCAACACCAUUUACGACAAGAAUUUGGACAUCGUUAGAACAAUUCCAAAGGUUGUUGACCUUGGUGGUAAAGAUCCUGAUCAUAUUGUCGAAUUGUGCAAUGAGGUUGUUCAAGAGGGUCAUUCAGUGUUGAUAUUUUGUUCUAGUCGGAAAGGAUGUGAAUCAACUGCAAAGCAUGUGUCAAAAUUUCUCAAGAAAUUUUCUGUCAAUGUCCAUGGUGAUAACUGUGAGUUUGUUGAUAUUUCUUCAGCAAUUGAUGCCUUGCGAAGGUGUCCUGCUGGGUUGGAUCCAAUAUUGGAAGAAACUCUUCCUUCUGGUGUUGCAUAUCACCAUGCUGGCCUUACAGUUGAGGAAAGAGAGAUUAUUGAAGCAUGCUAUCGUAGAGGGUUUGUUCGUGUCUUAACUGCCACAUCAACCUUAGCUGCUGGUGUCAACCUACCUGCUAGGAGAGUCAUUUUUCGACAACCCCGGGUUGGCCGUGAUUUUAUUGAUGCAACUAGAUACAAACAGAUGGCUGGUCGGGCUGGUCGAACUGGUAUAGAUACAAAAGGAGAAAGUAUGCUUAUUUGCAAGCCAGAAGAGAUAAAAAGAAUUAAGGGACUUCUUAAUGAAAGCUGCCCACCAUUGCAAUCUUGUUUAUCUGAAGAUAAGAACGGAAUGACUCAUGCAAUUUUAGAAGUUGUGGCCGGUGGAAUGGUUCAAACUGCUAGUGAUAUUAACCGCUAUGUUAAGUGUACUCUUCUCAAUUCUACAAAACCAUUUCAAGAUGUGGUGAAAUCAGCUCAGGAUUCCCUUCGGUGGCUGUGUCACAGAAAAUUUCUUGAAUGGAAUGAUGAGACCAAGUUGUAUGGUACUACUCCCCUCGGACGUGCAGCUUUUGGCAGUUCCCUUUGCCCAGAGGAGUCACUGAUUGUGUUGGAUGAUCUUUCAAGGGCCAGAGAAGGCUUCGUGCUUGCUUCUGAUUUACAUUUAGUUUAUCUAGUAACACCAAUCAAUGUUGAAGUUGAACCAGAUUGGGAAUUGUAUUAUGAACGCUUCAUGGAAUUGUCUGCUCUUGAACAGUCUGUUGGUUAUCGAGUUGGAGUAGCAGAACCAUUUUUGAUGCGCAUGGCACAUGGUGCGCCUAUCCACAUUUCAAAUGGAUUAAGAGAUGGUUGGAAGAGGCUUCGCGGAAAGUUUGAAAAUCACCUUGGGAUCAGCAACAACACUAAGCUUUCAAACGAGCAAACACUUCGAGUGUGCAAAAGAUUUUAUGUUGCCCUCAUUUUAUCAAGAUUAGUGCAGGAAGCUCCAGUAGGUGAGGUUUGUGAAGCUUUUCGAGUGGCAAAAGGCAUGGUACAAGCCUUACAAGAGAAUGCUGGAAGGUUUGCGUCAAUGGUUUCUGUGUUUUGUGAGAGGCUUGGAUGGCAUGACCUAGAGGGCUUGGUUGCAAAGUUCCAAAAUCGUGUUUCUUUUGGAGUCAGAGCAGAGAUUGUAGAGCUUACUACUAUUCCAUAUGUGAAGGGGUCACGGGCAAGAGCUCUUUAUAAAGCUGGUUUGCGCACACCUCUUGCAAUUGCGGAGGCAUCUAUUCCCGAUAUUUUUAAAGCUCUUUUUGAAUCCUCAUCAUGGGCUGCACAAGAAAGUUCAGCACAGCGGCGCAUGCAAUUGGGAGUGGCAAAGAAGAUCAAGAAUGGUGCGCGUAAAAUUGUUCUUAACAAAGCUGAAGAGGCGAGGAUCGCUGCCUUCUCAGCUUUUAAAUCGCUUGGAUAUAGUGUCCCACAAUUUUCUCGACCAUUGGUAUUGAAUGGCAGUCCAGGAGAACAGGAAGCUGCAAUUACCAGUGUUGGGGAUGACUCUCCUGGUAGUGUUGUUUGGGUUGAGCAAAUAGAGCAUGUGUUAGCCAAGCCACUAGCAGAAAGAAGUAAGAAUUUGGAGAAUGUUUCUUCAGCUAAUGAAGGUUUAAUAGUGACAAAAACCUCAGCUGAUAACUUAGUGGCUUCAGCAGAAGUAAACUUAGCUACUACCUUGCAAUGUAACUUGGGUAUGGAAAAUCCUGGAGUUUCAGUUGAAGGGCCUGUAACUGGUGAUGAGGUCAAUGCCGCCAUUGAUCGAGGCAGAAGUAUAGUGAUGGCAACAGUUUGUGGAUAUUUGGAUCAAGGAGUGCAUGAUGGGCUCAAUGAAGAUCUCUGUGUUGGCAAUGUGGAUAGUGCUUGUAGGAAAGGUCCUCUAAAUGCAGUUAAUACUCCAGGUGGAAUUGAUUCUUUCCUGGAACUGUGGGAGACUACAGCAGAAUUCUGUUUUGAUAUUCACUACAACAGACGAUCAGAACCGAACUCUGUUGCUUCCUUUGAGGUACAUGGCAUAGCAAUCUGUUGGGAAAAUUCUCCUGUGUACUAUGUAAAUUUGCCCAAGGAUUUAAUCUGGUCUGACAACAGAACAAACAAUUUCUUGUCAACAUGUGCAUCUAGUGAUAAAAAUGAUAGCCUACCUCCUCAGCAUUUUUUGGAGAUGGCUAAACUGAGAUGGAAGAGAAUUGUUGAUAUAAUGGGGAAAAGUGGUGUUCGCAAAGUUUCUUGGAACUUGAAAGUUCAGAUUCAAGUGCUUAAAAGUCCUGCAAUUUCUGUUCAGAGAUUUGGUGGCAUGAAUCUUGGAGUGAAAGAUUUGGGUCUAGAAAUUAUUGACAACUCAUACUUGUUAUUUCCACCAGUUCUGAUUAAUGAUGGAAUUGAUAUGUCCAUUGCAGCAUGGGUUGUUUGGCCUGAUGAGGAGAGAAGCUCUAGUCCCAACCUAGAGAAGGAAGUAAAGAAAAGGUUAUCCAGUGAGGCUGCUGCAGCUGCUAAUCAGAGCGGUAGGUGGAAGAAUCAGAUGCGAAGAGCUGCACAUAAUGGUUGCUGCCGUCGAGUUGCUCAAACACGUGCCUUGUGUUCUACACUUUGGAAGUUACUCAUCUCUGAAAAACUUAUCGAAGCGUUUACAUAUAUUGAAACACCAUUGGUUAAUGUCCUUGCUGAGAUGGAACUUUGGGGAAUAGGCAUCAACAUGGAGGGAUGCCUCUGGGCACGAAAUGUGUUGGGGAAAAAACUAAGAUGUCUUGAGAAGGAAGCUUAUAAGUUGGCUGGCAUGACAUUUUCAUUGUACACAGCAGCUGAUAUUGCAAAUGUCCUGUAUGGGCACUUGAAGUUGCCUGUGCCAGAGGGGCGCAAUAAAGGAAAACAACAUCCAAGUACUGACAAACAGUGUUUGGAUCUACUGAGGGAUGAACAUCCAAUUAUUCCAGUCAUUAGAGAGCAUCGAACAUUGGCAAAGCUCUUAAACUGUACACUGGGAUCCAUUUGUUCACUAGCUAGGCUGUCUCGGAGUACGCACAAAUACACACUACAUGGCCACUGGCUCCAAACAUCGACAGCAACGGGACGUCUUUCAAUGGAGGAACCUAAUCUUCAGUGUGUCGAGCAUAUGGUUGAAUUCAGCCUGAGCAAAGAUAAAAAUGGAAGUGAUGCCAAUGUUGAUCACUAUAAGGUUAAUGUCCGUGACUUCUUUGUUCCUACUCAGGAUGACUGGUUACUAUUAACGGCAGAUUAUUCUCAAAUAGAACUGCGGUUGAUGGCCCACUUCUCGAAGGACUCUGCGUUAAUUGAACUCCUAAGCAAGCCGCAGGGUGAUGUUUUUACCAUGAUGUCAGCAAUAUGGACUGGGAGGGCUGAAGAUUCUGUCAGCUCCAAUGAGCGAGACCAAACCAAAAGGUUAAUCUAUGGCAUUCUUUAUGGAAUGGGUGCUGACACUCUUGCUGAACAACUAAACUGCACCACGGAUGAAGCUAAAGAAAAAAUUAAAAGCUUUAAAAGCUCUUUUCCUGGUGUUGCAUCCUGGCUUUGUGAAUCCAUUUCAUCUUGUCGUCAAAAGGGAUAUGUAGAAACUCUUAAGGGAAGAAAGCGCUUCUUGUCCAAAAUAAAAUUUGGAAACAGUAAAGAAAAAUCAAAAGCUCAAAGGCAAGCUGUGAAUUCUAUUUGUCAGGGAUCUGCUGCUGACAUAAUCAAAAUAGCAAUGAUAAAAGUGUAUUCUCUGAUUGUUGAAGGGGUUGGUAGGCUAGACUCUGGCUCUUCAAUUUCUACUAAAUUUCAAAUGCUUAAGGGCCGGUGCAGAAUCCUUUUACAGGUGCAUGAUGAAUUAGUACUGGAAGUUGAUCCCUUUGUGAUAAAGGAAGCUGCAUGGAUGCUGCGAAUGAGUAUGGAAAGUGCUGUCUCUCUUCUGGUUCCUUUGCGUGUCAAACUGAAUGUUGGAAAGACAUGGGGCUCUUUGGAGCCUUUUCUUGCUGAUCAAGGAAUUGAGGAAGCUGUGUCCAAAUCUUAGAUCAGUAGAUGUCCUUGUUCGUAAUUUUGGGAUUACAGUUACAGCAAAUAUUGAUGGAAAUGAAGAGCAUGUUAAGGAAAAAACAUCUAUGGAAAGGGAUAAGUUGAGUGUGCUUGGAUGGAAUUGUGCAAUUACAAGCCUUCAACUUUUCUCCUGCCAUCGUCUGGAAGAAAUGUUAUUGAAGGAGAUAGUUGUGGUGCAAUAAAUGCUUCAAAAUAAUAAGAACACUGUUGAGCCCACAGAUUUAUCUUUAUUUAUGCUUAUGAUUAAGUAGCAUCAAGUGGGGAUUGCUGAGCUUGUUUCUUUGAUGGCUGGCCUUCACAGCCCUAAUGAUGUAGAAGCCAGUGUGCUGUUUACCUUGACAGAACCUUUAGGUGUGGAAUCAACUGAAGGUGCUUUUUCACUUGGGCUACGUCAACAAAACAAAUUUAUGUGAUGGUGCUGCUUUGCUGUCAGGCAAACUUUGAGCUGUUGUCACUGUCCUAACUUUCACGUCACUGUGCUGUUAACCUUGAAAGAACCUUUAGGUGUGGAAUGAAUUGAUGUUGCUAUUUCACUUGGGCUACUUCAACAAACCAAAUUUAUGUGAUGGUGCUGCUUUGCCGUCAGGUAUGACCACAUUCCAAUGCUGACAUUUCUGGCUCUUUCUUGCUAGUUUUGAGUCCCAGCAAACCUUGAUUUUUGGUUAUACAUACAUGCAUGUAUGUAUGUGUCUAUUUAUGUUUUAAUUUCUAUCUGAGCCAGAUUCUUCUUUAAAUGUGGUUAUUCUCUAGCCUUCUAAUCAGUGACUUUCAAGAUUCAUGAGUGUGAAAUCUGCCAUCCAAUCCACCCCAUCAUCUUUAUUACUUCAUUGCUUGUGACAUCCUGAGGCUUUCAUGGCUGAUCAUUCGGGCAAAUGUGUCUUUGGAUGCAUUGAUUGUUUCCAGGAACCUAAGCGGCCCCUCUUUUUUUCCCUCAUGAAUUUAUCAUCAUUCACUUAUCAAUGAAAUAUAUCAUUGUUAUUGAAUUGUCUUUUCAUUUGGUUAUUUGAUUUUAGUACCUUCUCAAGUGGUUUUCAUCAUGGGAUAGAACUCUAAUAGAUUUACCACCAAACCGUUGUGAUACAAAAAGUAACACCAUUUUAUCUAUGACUGAGUACAUGAUUCAUCAUUUAUUACAAAAGUGAACAAAUAGAUUGUGG